ACAAAAAGAAAUCAAAUAAUAGGAAGUUAAUUGUUUAAAUUUUUCUCUCUCAUCUUAAUUGUUACCUUAAUCUACCUUAAUUAUUACGUCUCUUGAAAAGAAAAUUUAAUUUUUUUUUCUAUUCUCUCCCCAUUUCAAUAACUUUACCUCUUUUAUUUAUUUUUUGUUCUCUUACCUUUUCUGUUUAAAUUAAUUUUUCUCUUUCUCUUUUUUCUUUCAAAAAAUGAAGGUUAAUGUAAAAUUUGUUUCUGGUAAAAGUAUUGAACUUGAUAAUGUUGAUCCAAUUGGUGAUACGAUACAAUCAAUUGCUGAUAGGAUUUCAAAUGUUACAGGUUUACCUUUAACCUCUGUUGGUUUAUUUACUUCUGAUGGUAAAAAAGCUCUUGAGGGAAGUAAAAUUUUGUCUGAUUAUGGUUUGGAUGAUGAUUCAUCUACUGGUGAUGGUGAUGGUAUUGUUUUACUUUGUAAACGUAACAUUCUGGUUCGUGUAUGUGGCUCAAUACGGUUAACUAUUUCAUCAUCAUCAACACCAGAUAAGAUGAAAAAAUCAAUCAAUUCUGCUUAUAAACAAGUAUACGAUUCAUUUAAAAAGGUUAACUUUAAUCUUGAUUCAUCUGAUUACGUUCUGGAUGGUACUAAUAGUCCCAAGGAGAUUUUAAAUCAUCUGUAUAAAUACAUCAAGGAUUCAGAGUAUUCUGAGAUUGAGGGUGUAAAAAUGUCAUCAGCAAUGAAGGCUAAAAUGUUUGAUAAAUUGUUCACUAAAAGGUUGACAGAAUUAUCUCCAAUUCAAUUGACAUUUAACCUUGAUGAUGAUUGUAAAAAUGAUGACGGUAACGGUGAUAAUGGCGAUGGUGGUGAUAAUUUUGGUGGAAAACAAGGAAAGAUCAAUAAUGAUGAGAAACUAUUUUUAUCCAUUGAUUAUGACUCGGAAAAUGAAUUACAAUUAACCAUUAAUAUUGAUUGUAUUAAUGAAUUUCCAGAAGAUACCAAACUUCAAGGUUUACCUAAAGCAUUAAUUACCUCAAUUCGACGUCAAAUUGAAGAGAUGAGAAUCUGUGCUGUUAAUUGUUUCGAUGUAGAUAAUACAAAGAUUCAUUUGCCUGGAGCGUAUCAUUAUCGUUUAACAAUCAAAUGGGAUCAUUCACCCAAACUAUUUACGCUAAUUUAUCCCAUUUCAUUGGCCGAUGACGAGUUAAUUGAGUUACGGCGUAAAUACCAUGAGAAACUUAACUUACCCCUUGAUCGUCCCUGCAUACGUAAAGCCAAUGCAAUCAAAUUUAAUGGAGAUAAUUAUAGACAACGUUACAUUAUUAAUCCACAUCUAGGUGUUCCCUCAUCUGGAUCAACUGGUGGUAAAGUAACAACGGUCCAGGGUGAUUAUGGUUAUCAUCAUUAUACUCAAGAUGGUUACAAUGAUUCAGGUUGGGGUUGUGCUUAUCGAUCAUUACAAACAAUCAUCUCUUGGUUUAAAUUACAAGGUUAUAUUGAAAUAGACAAUAUUCCAACUCACAAGCAAAUUCAAGAAGCAUUGGUUGCAUGUGGUGAUAAGGAUGCUUCAUUUAUUGGUAAAGAAAAGUGGAUUGGUUCACAGGAAGUUUCUUACGUUUUAAGUCAAUUGUACAAUAUCACAUCGAAAAUAAUGUUUGUCAAUUCUGGCCGUGAAUUGGGUUCUAAAGGAAGUGAAUUGAAACAUCAUUUCGAAACAAAUGGUACACCAAUUAUGAUUGGUGGAGGUGUUUUAGCUCAUACAAUUAUUGGUAUUGAUUUUGAUGAGAAUUCAGGUCAACUUAAUUUUCUCAUUCUAGAUCCACAUUACACUGGACCAGAAGAUUUAUCGACGAUCGUUAAAAAAGGCUGGUGUAACUGGAAGAAACCCGAUUUUUGGAAUCCAAGUGCUUUCUACAAUCUUUGUUUACCUCAAAAGCCCAAAACAUUUUAAAAAUCAUUCGGAGCAAUUAAUUUAUUUUCCAUAUACACACAAAGAGCUUUGGUUUUUCUUUCUCUUAAAAAUGUUAUUGUUUUCAAAUUGGUAUAUUAAAUUAAUGGAAAAAGGAUUAUAAUUGUUGGUGAUUAAUCAUCUGGUUUAUGCGUAAUCCUUUGUACACUUUGCUGUUGUUACACUUAACGAUUUAAAGAUUUGUUUCAAGGCAACAAUUGAUUUGGAUUUAAA